CUAGUGUUGCUUUAUCUCCCCCCCAGCUUCCCAUUAUGGAUCAGCAAGCGGUUAUACUUCCCCAUACCGUGCAGCCGGAAGUUGCUGGCCCAUCUGGAGGGUGCAGGCAAUCUUCAUCUGGGUCCGCCAGGGGCUCUGCCCGUGAAAACCGUGGCGAGGCUAGCGGUUCCGGGAGGCGCCGCCGAGGUCGCAAGGGCCACGAAUCCAGAUAUCGCAGUCAUCGAUGUCGGUCCAGGUCCUCCCGCUGGAGGUCCCCUUCCUCCUCAGAAUAUUCAUCCGAUAGCUCUAUGAGUCCAGAUAGGAGGUCACACCGACGUGGGUCUCGGCGGGGGAUUUCAAGAUCCUCCCGUCGUUCGACCUGCGGUGCUACACGCUCACACGAUGUCCCCAUUGCUGUUACGCCAUUGGAUCCAACGGGGCCGGCGGCCCCGCAUGUGAUUCCGGUUCCUGCCCCGGCAGUUGGAAUUCCGAGAGUUGUGUCCGGAUGCGGCAUUGGAGGGCCGGCAAUGCCCCUCUUUCCUUUGGGAGGUGGUGAGCAGAGAUUGAUGCCAUUGGUGUCCUCGUCAGUUGCCCCGGCUACUUGGUCUGGACAUGGUUCUCGUUCUCCUGUUGUGGUUUUUCUGGGUCAUUCUUUCAUCUUUCGGGCUGGACAGAGAGCUGCUUGCAGGCCAGGGGGACAGUCCCUUGGUUUUCCCAAUGAUGUUCAAUGGAGAGGAAUCGGUGGACUCAAGUGGCUUCGGGUGCUGGUGGAGGCGGCUAAGUCACAGCGUGGCGGAGGAGAAAUUUGGAGGAGAUUUUCCUGGAGAGUAGAGUGUGAUGCCCGUCGAAGAGGGCGGCCGGCUGACCGCUUACCUCUGAGAGUGUUCAAUCAGAAGUUCGGAUAUAAAUGGUUUAUUUUAAUGGUUAUUAAAUAAACGCUGUGGCCGACCCCCAGUUGUCCAGCAAAAGUUAGAAGUGGUCAGUGUUUUUAUUAUAUCCAGC